UGUUCUCUGUCAUUGAUCUUAGUUAUAUAAUGUUAUGUUGUCAUCUGGAGUAAGGCAGAGUUGCUCAUAUUUAGCUGGUUUACUUUGUAAUGCGUCAUUGUAAGUGACCAAAAGCAUGGUACAGGAAGUUGUUUGUGUGUUUUUUUUCAUUGCUUAUGCAACUUCCAAGCAGAAAAUGUUCUUGAGACCAGAUGGUAAAGAACAGUCAAUUGCAAGUUCUAUUCUCCAGAUGUAUUGAUGUUUCAUGUCUUCUUGAAGCCAGUUCAAAUACAUUUGUAAAUUCAAGUCUUAACUUUUAGUAACCCUUUCACUUCUGCCAGCCCUAUUUCAACUGACCAAGAACUCAGCUAGAAUAUCUGAUUACAGGCUCUCUGCAGCCAUCUGUACUAUGGAGUGGCAAUGCCACGGCCCCAUAUUUCAGCCGGGUAAAAGUUCACCACGUGUGCUUUUGCUCGUAUCCGGUCACUGAGCUACAGUGAUAGCUAUGUGUUUAUGUUUACGGUACCAAAUCUCUUUUCAACUUGAUCCUUUCCAAGAGAGCACUUUGUAAAGACAUUUUUUUUUUUUUAAUUUACCCUAUGUUUCUACUUGGCGUGUAGGUUUUUUUUUUUUUUUUUUAAUCUGCUCAGCAAUUUGAGAGUUUGCUUGGAACACAGAUGAGUUAAGAUAAAAAGCUGUUUUUGAAAAAAUGUCUCUAGUAAGUAAAAAUGAAGAUACUAUAUCUGAAUGAAUGUGAAAAGUUGUCCCCUUGUAUAUUUUUAAAGCUUCCCAAAUCAUCCUCAGUUCUCAGCCAAAUGCAACCUACCCAGAUUGUCUUCAGGAAAGUAGCAAUUCACAGAGCUUUGCAGUUACCCGUAUAUCAAACAGCACUCUCUCCCCAGUCCCUGCUCACAGCUCCACCAUUUUAGAAUAUGGUGAGAUAUGCCAGAGCCCUGCCAUCUGUUUAAUGGGCUAAUUAUGUUUACCACAUGCCUACUUCACAGGAAUACCAUGGGCGAGGUUGCCAAACAUCAUACAAAUAUAUAUGUUUGUAUAUAUAGAUAUAAAAAUAUACACAUAAAUAAAAUCAUAUACAUGUAUAACAGCAUCCAGCAUUUCUUAGUUCCAUUCUAUCUUUUGCUAUCAGAAUAUAUCAUGGCCCAUCACUGAAGCCCAGCUAGGCACUGGCAGAGUUUAUCUUUAAUACAUGGUGUGGCCAUCAGGCUGAGGGGUGCUGGGGAGAGAGGAAAUUCAGAUUUUAUACACACACCCCUGUUUUUGCCUUUUUAUUCUGUGCCCCAUUUUCUUUCUAUUAGAAUCUUAACAUUGUAGCCUCAUAAUGAAUGCAAUCAAACUUCAUGAUAGUGCACAUUGCUGUAUUUAGUGUCUUAACCAUUUCUUUUAAGAAAGAAGAUCUCUGUUCCUUUAUUUAGGGGAAAAAAAAAAGGUUCAGGCCAUCCUAAAAAUGUCUCUUCUGUACAGAGCUACAACUUUUCUUUACAAGGCUACAACUAUUCUUUUAUGUGCCAAAGCUGCUAUAGUGGGCCUGUUCUUAAAGCUAGCAUUGUUUUUUCCUUUUAUGAGGAUCCUGAAACUCUUUACAGUCUUUUUCUCCAGUGUUCUCUGAGACCUUCUUAGAUACGUGCUCUCAGUGACUCCAGUUAUGACAAGGGUUAAUUAUCAGUUGUCAGCCAUGAACAUUGUCACAGGGCUCCAAGUUGGGUCAACCUAAGUUGCUUCUUGGAAAUGGGGCUUGAACUAGGUGGGUCUUGAAAAAUAGGGGGAAUUUGGGAGUGUGGGAUGGCAGUAAAGGGAGGCAAAUAGGGGGCAUCCUAGGUAAAGGGAAUUAAACCAGCAAAGGAAGAGGACAGAGAUAGAAAAGAGCCAUGAGUCAUGAGUGACAGGAGUGCCUAGACAGGAUAAGAUAUAAGCUCCAGCUUCUGGGUUCGCUCUGUGGCUCCUCUGUCUAUGUAAAGCUAGCUCGGCAAGCUCUCUGCCUUCUUGGCUUUGAGGACUCAGUAGCCUGAGAAAUAUUGGGAGAAAUAACUCCGUCCGUAUACCAGAUUGUACACCCAAUAGGUAGCAUUCUCCAUAAUGAAAAAUAAUAACAUUUGAAACUAUCAUUGAUAUAACAUUUUAUUCAGUCUUUUCUAAGAUACAGAAGUAUUUUUUAAAGCUUUUUUUACCCCCAAGUGUUCGAAUGUUCUCUCAUACCCCCUUAACUGAAGUAAAUUAUUCAAACAGAGCUGUUUUGUUUUAUUUGUUUGUUUUUGUUUUUGCAGCUUUAUUCUUACCAGGGAUUUCAUAAACAAGUUGGAAGAGGGAGACAUAGCCAGCACAUAAACAUAGAAAUAACCCAGUUCAAUAAGCUUGAAGGAGCAUGAGUGAGGGCCUGUGACAAGGGCGAGAAGAAUCUUCAUAAGCACAGAAUGAUUAUGUUUUUAUGUUGGGCAUGUUAAGUCCUAUUUGAGGAGAGACACUGGUAUGGAAAGAAAGAGAGAGUUAUUCCCCUAUCAUUUUCUCAUGUACACUGGAAAAAUAACUUGAAAAUUUACUGUGUGACUUCUAGAACCCAGAAAGCUGAAACCCAGUGCAAACCACAUAGACAGAGAUCAAGGGAGAGCAACCUGUUCACCAAAACAAGAUGCAGCCUCUCUCUGUUCCCUGCCCCAAUGAACAUCUGCACUAGGCCCAAGUCUUGGAGUGAUUUACCUGAAGAGUGACACCAUUUAUUUGAGAACUACUAUGAGGAAACUGAAGCCCAGAGAGGUGAAGUGAGGUGCCCAAGGCCACACAUCAAGUUAGAGGCACAGCUAGUACCAUAGCUCAAGUCUCCUGACUCCCAGUCCAGUGCUCCUCCCAUUACUCCACGGGUCCUGUCUCUAAGCUUCCUGACAAAUGCUAGAACGGAAGAAACCCAAGACAGCUGAAAACCAGAAGGCAUCUGAGGAGAAUGAGAUUACUCAGCCGGGUGGAUCCAGCGCCAAGCCGGGCCUUCCCUGCCUGAACUUUGAAGCUGUUUUGUCUCCAGACCCAGCCCUCAUCCACCCAACACAUUCACUGACAAACUCUCACGCUCACACCGGGUCAUCUGAUUGUGACAUCAGUUGCAAGGGGAUGACCGAGCGCAUUCACAGCAUCAACCUUCACAACUUCAGCAAUUCCGUGCUCGAGACCCUCAACGAGCAGCGCAACCGUGGCCACUUCUGUGACGUGACGGUGCGCAUCCACGGGAGCAUGCUGCGCGCGCACCGCUGCGUGCUGGCAGCCGGCAGCCCCUUCUUCCAGGACAAGCUGCUGCUGGGCUACAGCGACAUCGAGAUCCCGUCCGUGGUGUCGGUGCAGUCGGUGCAAAAGCUCAUUGACUUCAUGUACAGCGGAGUGCUGCGCGUCUCACAGUCCGAAGCCCUGCAGAUCCUCACGGCCGCCAGCAUCCUGCAGAUCAAAACGGUCAUCGAUGAGUGCACGCGCAUCGUGUCGCAGAACGUGGGCGAUGUGUUCCCGGGGAUCCAGGACUCGGGCCAGGACACGCCCCGGGGCACACCCGAGUCGGGCACCUCGGGCCAGAGCAGCGACACCGAGUCAGGCUACCUGCAGAGCCACCCGCAGCACAGCGUGGACAGGAUCUACUCGGCGCUCUACGCCUGCUCCAUGCAGAACGGCAGCGGCGAGCGCUCCUUCUACAGCGGCGCAGUGGUCAGCCACCACGAGACUGCACUCGGCCUGCCCCGCGACCACCACAUGGAAGACCCUAGCUGGAUCACGCGAAUCCACGAGCGCUCGCAGCAGAUGGAGCGCUACCUGUCCACCACCCCCGAAACCACGCACUGCCGCAAGCAGCCCCGGCCCGUGCGCAUCCAGACCCUGGUGGGCAACAUCCACAUCAAGCAGGAGAUGGAGGACGACUACGACUACUACGGGCAGCAAAGGGUGCAGAUCCUGGAGCGCAACGAGUCCGAGGAAUGCACGGAAGACACCGACCAGGCUGAGGGCACCGAGAGUGAGCCCAAGGGCGAAAGCUUCGACUCAGGCGUCAGCUCCUCCAUAGGCACCGAGCCCGACUCCGUGGAGCAGCAGUUCGGGCCCGCGGCGGCGCGGGACGGCCCAGCCGAACCCGCCCAACCUGAGCAGGCCGCGGAAGCCCCGGCUGAGGGCGCCCCGCAGCCGCACCAGCUGGAAACGGGUGCCUCUUCCCCGGAGAGAAGCAACGAAGUGGAGAUGGACAACACGGUGAUCACUGUCAGCAACAGCUCCGACAAGAGCGUCCUGCAGCAGCCCUCGGUCAACACGUCCAUCGGGCAGCCAUUGCCAAGUACCCAGCUCUAUUUACGCCAGACAGAAACCCUCACCAGCAACUUGAGGAUGCCUCUGACCUUAACCAGCAACACACAGGUCAUUGGCACCGCCGGCAACACCUACCUGCCGGCCCUCUUCACUACCCAGCCCGCGGGCAGCGGCCCCAAGCCUUUCCUCUUCAGCCUGCCACAGCCCCUGGCAGGCCAGCAGACCCAGUUUGUGACAGUGUCCCAGCCCGGCCUGUCAACCUUUACUGCACAGCUGCCAGCGCCACAGCCCCUGGCUCCAUCCGCCGGCCACAGCACAGCCAGUGGGCAGGGCGAAAAAAAGCCUUAUGAGUGCACUCUCUGCAACAAGACUUUCACCGCCAAACAGAACUACGUCAAGCACAUGUUCGUACACACAGGUGAGAAGCCCCACCAAUGCAGCAUCUGCUGGCGCUCCUUCUCCUUAAAGGAUUACCUUAUCAAGCACAUGGUGACACACACAGGGGUGAGGGCGUACCAGUGCAGUAUCUGCAACAAGCGCUUCACCCAGAAGAGCUCUCUCAACGUGCACAUGCGCCUCCACCGGGGCGAGAAGUCCUACGAGUGCUACAUCUGCAAAAAGAAGUUCUCCCACAAGACCCUCCUGGAGCGACACGUGGCCCUGCACAGUGCCAGCAACGGGACCCCUCCCGCGGGCACACCCCCAGGGGCCCGCGCUGGCCCCCCAGGGGUGGUGGCCUGCACGGAGGGGACCACUUACGUCUGCUCCGUCUGUCCAGCAAAGUUUGACCAAAUCGAGCAGUUCAACGACCACAUGAGGAUGCAUGUGUCUGACGGAUAAGUAGUAUCUUUCUCUCUUUCUUAUGAACAAAACAACAAAAAAGAAAACAAACAAAAAAAGCUAUGGCACUAGAAUUUAAGAAAUGUUUUGGUUUCGUUUUUACUUUCUGUUUUUGUUUUUGUUUCGUUUCAUUUUGUACUACAUGAAGAACUGUUUUUUGCCUGCUGGUACAUUACAUUUCCGGAGGCUCGGGGGAACACGGGUUCUCCCAGCCUCCCUCGGAUGGUGGCCUUAAGGCCUGGUAGUGCUUCAGGAGGUCCACUGGUUGGAUCUCUAGCUACUGGCCUCUAAAUACAACCCUUCUUUACAAAAAAAUCUUUAAAAAAAAAAAAAAAAAGUAAAAAAAAUUUUUUUUUCACUUGUGAAGAGCACUACAAAAAUAUAUAACAAAAUCUAAAAGGCCUACUGUCUUUAAGUACACCGCUUGCAGUGUUUCAGUGGACAUUUUCACAAUUCUGGCCGCUUGGACUUCACAGUAACCAGUUAAAACUGUGGAAUAUCACUUUCUGGUUGAAAACCCAGAGGAAAAGGCCCUGCUGUUUUCCACCUACCACAUUGUCUGAUUUCCUAAAAGGGCUGUGGGGGUGGGGAGGGGCGUGGGUUUGGUGAUGUGGGAAAGGCAAAUGGCAGGCUUCUCCCCAAAAUGUCGCUCGGUCCACUCACCCUGGCCCACCCCCUCCCUAUCCCCCCUUUCAGCAGAAGCCAGGAAGACUUGGACAAGCAUCAAGCAACAGUGGCUAUCGUAUUUAUUCAGUGUCUUCGCUGAGCCUCAGCCUCAGCACAAUCAAGAGGGACUUUCAUGAAAGGCAGGAAUGCAGAUGAAACAAAGAUAUCAGAGGUUUGCACCUACGUUUCUAGGUACAAGAGAAGGAUUAUUUCCAACAAUCUUUGCAAAAACAAAAAAACAAAAAAAAAGGUGUCAGGAUAUAUUCUUGUGGAAGAGAAAAAGAAAGAGAAAUGGAGGGUGGGGGGGAUAAUAAAAAGUUCUUGAGGCUUUUUUAAUUCAAAAUUUUAUAGAGGGGCAAAAGUGACGUUUACCAGAUAGAAUGCUGAUUUUUUUAAUA